UUACAUUUCACGACCCCCGUCCAUUUCUUCAAUGUUACGUCGACAUUGGAAGAGUGUGUCCGGAUGACGUUAUCAGUAGACGAAAGACUUCAACUACAACACGCAUCUACGGUUGUCAAUGUAACAUUUAAGGAGUUGAUGACAGCGUCCGUUCCAACUCGCACACUGGAUGCUAAGAGAACGGCCAGUGUCGUCAUCCACUCCGUUACGGGCCAAUGAAAGCGGAUACAUCCCAUCAGAUGGCAAUUCCUAUACGUUUCAAGGCAGUGAUCACGAUAAUAACAACAAAAUUUAUAGCCGUGCCAUGUCUCUGCGACGUCCGUCGCCAAUCAAUGUCCAAUACCUUCUCAUCUCGUUGCAAAUAGCGCUACUAUCGCUCUCGGCUACAGCUGAUGGCGUCAUUACUAUCACGCCAUCUGGCCCUGCGGCAGGUUUCGUCGAAGAGGAUUCCUUCAACCUGACGUGCACAUCUGAUCAGUCAGUUAAUGUCACGUGGGCUUUGCCCAUUCUCCCCAGCGAUGAACUGGAUAACAUCCAGAGCAAGGAGCCGAAUGAUUUGCCCCAACGGGCUCACGUAACGGCUGAUAGAGAGGGCGAUGUAUUUAUUGCUGUGCUAGUCGUUUUGAAAGCCAAGAGAUCGGAUACAGGACGUUACACUUGUCACCCAGUUGGCGCCGAUCCAAUCGAAUUGACGACGCAAUUUGAAUCCGUCCCAUCUAUCCACAUCUUUAUUUCGUGGGAAGGAGUGAUUGGCGUGCAAAUGAAUCCGUUGAAAAGCGUUUACAUCGUCAGCAACAAUCCUUCUCAGCAGGUUUUUGUAGUGCCGUGUUUCAACUAUCUCCCUAAUCAUCACAUUUCCAUGGUGGAUCUAGCCUUGCAAAAGAGAUCGUCGAUCGACAAAGACACUUCAUGGGAAUCGGUUGAUCUAUCGGCAAGAAAAUACCUCAAUUGGUCGUUUGCUGAUUUCAAAGGCAUAGCUAUUCAUCAUCCAAAGAGUGGAGAAUACAGGUGUGGAGCUUUGACGUUCAAUGGCACUUGUUCAUGGCCAAAAUGGUCGCUCUAUAGUUUCUUUAUCGUUCGAGAAACCGUAGAGAAAGAAGCCCCGCAAGAUGGCAAAGAUCAAUGGCCGAGGAUUCGACCGACUUCAGAUCCGUUUAUGAUCUUUCCUUCUGGUUCUACGUUUAGUUUAUCGUGUAAAACUGGAGCUGCGGCCGCUCACCAGUGGAAUGUCAAUUGGCGAUUACCAUUCGGUUUUCAGAAUGGCGACUAUGAUUUGGCCAAAGUGAGCAAUCUUGGCCAGCGUGUCGUUGCGACUUUGGCCAAAGGCAACGGAAACAACUCACACUCGGAUUAUUCCGUGUUGACAAUUGCUAACGCGAGCCACUUAGACACUGGCUAUUAUACUUGCCAUAGAUCGGAUAAUGAUAGUAUUGCAGUUAGGCAAUACGUCUUCAUUCAAGAUUGGAGUGCACUAGUUGCUGCGCCAUUGAAAAAGUAUUUAGAUUUUGGGCAAAAGGAAGCUCUAAUUGACUGUAAGGCAACUCAUCCGUCGGUUGAAAUUUCUCUCAGGCGGAUUAAAGAUGAUGGAACUGCCGUUAUGGUUUACCCGUCGAGGAAGCAUGGUGAAAAGGAAGGCGACUGGUCGUAUAACCCAUUGGAAGGGUUCAAAAAUACUAAAAUUGUUUCGUGGGAAAUGGAAGGAACUUAUCUGUGUGUCGGAUGUAAAAAAUAUCUAGAAGGAUCGUCCAGACACCGAUCUGAAGCCGUUACUCAUGAAUUGAAUGUUGAAAUUCGCGGUAUAAGUAUUGAACUGACGGUGAUCUCGGGUAAGAAGAUGGGAACAGUGUUCGAAGGAGAUGACAUUCAAUUAACUUGCAAGAGUAAAGGAUUAUUUGUGCACGAAGACAUGACAUCAGACAUGCUAAGCUGGCAUUGGACCUCAAUUGAAAAUGAGUCAGUCACCCUGGAAUUGGGAAGCCAUCUAGUUCCAUCCGGAGUAAAAAUUGUAAAACAGGCAAAACGGAGUUUUAACGGUUAUAGUUUCGGUCUUUUGACCUGGCAAAACAUUUCAGCCGAAGCAGCUGGAACUUAUAAGUGCUGUCACGAACAAUCGCCUGUCUCUGCUUCCUACAUAUUGGUCAUCUCAUCCUCGAGCAAUGGAGUGCAACAAAAAAACUGUGAAAAUCGGUUGGUUUGCGGUAGAGAGAAAUUACUCAGCGCCGAAUGCAUGUGGUUCGUAAUUUACGUCGGACUAUUGUUGAUAAUUUAUUAGUCAGCUCAUUAACGUCCGGCUGGUUAUUUACUGAUCGAAAAGAACCCCGAUAUGUUUUCUCCUCCCUCUACUGUAUUAUGUACUAUCUGUCAUUUUUUUUUUCUUUUAGUUCAACAAACGAUAUCCUUACGUCUUGUCAUUUACGACAAUAAUAAAACCGUUUACCACA